AUAAUUCGUCUUUUCGGUUUGUUUAAAUAAAUUUAACAAUUUUUUUUUUUGACAAAUAGUAGGAAAUUCAAAUUUUAUGUCGUACUUUAUUGUCGUUCAUCGAACCGACAGGUGUCCAACGAAAGACACACGUAAACUCACCGAUUUUCGACGUUUCUGAAGGCUCGGUGCGGAUGUAUCGUCCCCGUCAUAGGCGGUGUAAUCUGUCGUUUCGCGCCCAUUUGCCUUGUCCCCGUUUCCGACCGUUGAUAAUAACAAUUUAAACUACACACUAACACAGUCUUGCCGACUAUUGCGUUUGCGACUAACCUACCACAUUACUACGCUCGUUACAGUAACUCAACAUUAACAAAGUGUUGUUCUACUGUUUUCCCGCCUUUGAUUUCUCACCCGCCUAGUUAAUCGUGGUCAUCGCUAUCCGAAAAGACGUUUUUGAAGAGAUCAAGAAUAAACGAAAAUUUCGAUCCAAUAAUCCGGUUAAUAUUAUUUUAUACAAAAUGGCUAUGGCAUCAUCUUCACAUGUUGAAGAAUCCGUUGUUGAAGAUCAUGAAGAAGAUGAUGGACCACUACUUAUUUCAAAACUUGAGGGUCAAGGAAUUACAAGUGGAGAUAUUAAAAAGCUUCAAGAAGCUGGAUACCACACAAUAGAGUCUGUUGCUUUUGCGACAAAAAAACAUCUUAUAACUAUUAAAGGCAUAAGUGAAGCUAAAGCUGAUAAAAUAUUGGCUGAAGCAUCAAAAAUGGUUCCACUUGGUUUUACUUCUGCUACAAUAUUUCAUCUUAAGAGAUCUGAAAUCAUUCAAUUGACUACUGGCUCAAAAGAAUUAGAUCGUCUAUUAGGUGGUGGUAUUGAAACUGGUUCAAUCACAGAAAUAUUUGGAGAGUUUAGAACUGGUAAAACACAAAUUUGCCAUACUUUGGCUGUAACUUGUCAGUUACCUAUUGGUCAAAAUGGAGGAGAAGGAAAAUGCCUCUAUAUUGACACUGAAGGUACAUUCCGGCCUGAGCGAUUGCUUUCAGUAGCUGAAAGAUAUCAAUUGGUUGGAAGUGACGUACUCGAUAAUAUUGCUUGUGCCAGAGCAUAUAAUACAGAUCAUCAAACACAAUUGUUAAUGCAAGCUGGAGCUAUGAUGGCUGAAUCUAGGUAUGCAUUAUUGGUCGUAGAUAGUGCUAUGGCUUUAUACAGAACUGAUUAUUCUGGUAGAGGUGAAUUAUCUGCGAGACAGAAUCAUUUAGCCAGAUUUCUCAGAAUGUUAUUACGUCUUGCAGAUGAGUUUGGUGUUGCUGUAGUAAUAACCAAUCAGGUAGUUGCUCAAGUGGAUGGUGCUUCUAUGUUUGCAGCAGAUCCAAAAAAACCUGUUGGUGGAAAUAUAAUGGCUCACGCAUCUACAACUAGAUUGUACUUGCGUAAAGGCAGAGGUGAAACAAGAAUAUGUAAAAUAUAUGAUUCUCCUUGUUUACCAGAGUCAGAAGCAAUGUUUGCUAUCAAUGCUGAUGGAAUUGGAGAUGCUAAAGAGUAGCUUGAUUAUUUUUUUUUUAUUUUGUUAUCAUACUUUCGUUCAUAAGAAUACCACUAUUUAAAAUAUGUUCAGUUAAAACAAAUAUUUUUAUCAUAGAUAAAAAAAAGUUAAAAAUAAUUUUUUUUUGACAUUUGCUAAGCUAAAAAUAAUUUAAUUAUAUUACAUUUUUUUAAAUUAUUCUUAUGUUGACAUGUUAUUUUGUAUAAUUAUCUUUUAUAUUAAACAUAUUUUAUCAUACACUUGUA